AUGUCUGGUGGUGCUUCCAAAAGAUUUGGUGAGAAUGAAGACUUUGAACUUCUGCUGAGCAAAAGUGAUAUCAGAGAAUCAUCUUACCGCAAGCACUCCCUGUGGAUGGCACACUGGACAAGAGAUGGCCACAGUGCAGAACCUCAAAAUAGCAAGAGCUGUAGUCCGUUUGAGGAAAUCGAUGAUGUCGGAUAUUCAAAAGAUUGUGGGAAUUUACCUUUUGAGCUCAUGAAAGCUAGGAUGGCUGAAAGUUUGAUGGUUGGAGUUAGCCAUGGAGGUGCAUCUUCCGGGAAUACACAGCAAUUCAGUUCUAAUACGUGGGGUGUAGCACAUGAUGUUUGCCAAGAAGUUCAAUGCAAGAAUACUGAUCAGUUUAAUAGACCUUUCGAAAGAUCUAUGGUACAGAAAAAUCUGAAUGUAUAUGCUGCUAAGACAGUGAUAUCAGAAAGAUUUUCUGUACAUAAGCCUUCAGAUUUAUCUGUGGAUUCUCAUAAACUUUUGAGCUCUGACAAUCUGAGUUCAGAAUGGAGCCAUUUUCCUAUGUUUGCAAUCAAUAGGAAAAUUGACAGUAUACUCAACCCAAGACGGUCUGCUCUUUCUGUGUCAUCUGAUAAAUUUUUUGUUCCACAAUAUAAUUUGAAGGCAAAUAUAUCUGCGUCUAAUACAAUGGCAUUUUCAUCAAAGGAAUAUCAGUUCCACACACACCAAGUAUCUGAUGAAAAUAUGACUCGCUGCAAAUCUGCAGCAGUCAUCCAACCUCAUCAAGAUGAUUGUCUCGGUCUCAAUUCUGACCAUGCAGGAAGAAAUCUGAAAGGACAUUUGUCAGUUGAAGAAUCGUGCUCUUGCAGUAAGGAUGAAACUAACUCCCUUGGUAGCCCAUCAAAAGGGUCACCUUAUCAGUCUAGCAAGAAUAAAGACAUAUUUUCAGCAAGCAGAAAAGACGAUGAAAUUGUUGAAGCUUUGUUGGAACAGAAGUUAGGAACAUCUGAAAGAUGCCAAAAACAACAGGAUUGGGAGGAAGUAGUAUUUUAUGAGCCAGCAUUAGAUAGACAAUACCAGAUGAAAUCAGUUGAUGCUUCUUCCAUUGGCAAGGGCAUUGAUGUGGACAUUAAUGGCCAAGGUGUGACAUUUCCUAAUUUGUUACAAGGUGAACAACAAUAUCGCAAAGUGGAUUCUGCUGUGAAUUUCACAGAGAUCUCCAAGUUACUGGAUAAAAUUGAAAAGGCACCAGUAAUGAAGAGCAAAGGUGAAGCACUGGCUUGUAGAAAACCACCAAGGCAAAAAUUGACAAAUAGCAAGCAAAAAGGGUCCUGCUUAUUUGAAAUGUUAACGGUACCAUCCAAAUCACAUCUCACAUGCUCCAAAGAUCCAACAUAUUCGGUGAAUUCUCGCAGUAACACAAGCAGAUGUUCAUUGGAAACACAGAAACAGUUCUCGACAAAAACAGAUACAUUGUACAGCGAUACUCAUGAUGCAUCAAAAUCCAUAGCAGGGUUCGCUUCAACGUCAACACAAAAGGACUCUGGUUACCCAGACUCAGAAAAAACUGAACGGGUAGUCUCUUCCUCAACUAAAAGAGUAUCAAGCUGCUGUGAAGGAAAUGAAACAAUCAACAUGAGCUCGGAGCAUCAAAACUCUUAUUCCAAAGCAACUUGUGCUAGUAAGAAAGAAUGGAGCAUACCCAAAACGUCAAGCAUGAAUUUGGAUCUAGUUCUUUUUCAAAUGAGCAGAAUGAGAAAUCCGAUUUCCAAGGCUCCAACUGAGUCACCAGUAUGCUCAGACCCAAAUGACAAGUGGCUGAAACGCCUGAAAUGUGAUACUUCAGAUCCACAUGUUCCUUGUUCCAAGAAACCAAAGACUGGAGACAUAGCAACUCCUGGAGGAGCAUGUGCCGUGUUUGGUCAAGUGCUUGAUUAUAAAAGGGACAGUGCUUGCAUGAUCAAACAGGUUAAGGAGGACCAAGUGGUGCAUGAAACAUUGAUGGACCAACAAAACCAAGAUGCGUCUCCUAUGUCAACAAAAAGUCUUAAUCACUGGAUAGGGAGGUGGUGCCAAGGUGGCUCCCCUAGUUUUCAUGGAGCUUCGAGUCCAGCAAAGCAAUCGCGAAAGUCUAACACACCACCUGAUUGUCUUGAAGGUCAGUUUCCAAGCAUCGCCGCGAUGGCUAUGAUGGGGCGUGUAAUGAACAAGCUCCGCCCUUGUGAACUUGAGAAGAGGGGUCCUUCUGUAGUCUGGAAGACAGAGGGGUUAUGA